CGCGCCACAGGAUACUCUCGCUUUGAUACUAUUCGGUUGAACAGGUCACCACGUCGAAGAUCAUUUUCCAAUUCGCCUUCAGCUCGAGACAUUCAUUUCCAAGACGUUUUUGAUCACGAUGAAGUUCUUCGCUCCAAUUUUCGCCGGUAUCGCCAUGUUUGCAGCUCAAGUGAAGGCCAUUGGUGUGUGCUACGACCCCGAUCAUGCUUCAGCUCCUGGUGCCAUGACUGCCGAAAGCGUCCUGGAGGAUAUGACGGUCAUCAAAGCCCAAGGAUUCGACACCGUCCGCACGUAUAUUUCCCAGUUCGGUAACAACAACUUGGGUCUGCUAAUUGCCAGCGCCAACGUCACUGCCGCUCUGGGCGUACCGUACCCUCAAUCCGACUACUCGACGCAACUAGAUGCGGCUGUCACUGCCGCCAACGCUGGAAACGUCGGCUACAUCUUCGUAGGAAAUGAAAAUCUCGCCGGCGCGACCAGCGUUCCCGGUGAGCUAAUCAGUCUCAUUCAGAAAGUCAAGUCGCUGGUGCCAGGUACCGUCAAGGUCGGUACGGUGCAGCGCAACACCGAGAUGAUCAACCACUCCUACAUCAGUGGCUGGUCGGAACUUGUUGCUGCUUGCGACGUGUUGGGCGUGAAUGUUCACCCUUACUUCAACCCAGGAACGACCGCCGACACCGCCAUUGACGUCGUGAACAGCCAGUGGGAGGUCAUGGUCAAGACCUUUGGUGACAAGCUCAUGAUUACGGAAACGGGGUGGCCUUCGGAAGGAACGCUUUUGGGCAACAUUGGCAGUGUUGCCAGUCAGGAGACGUUCUACAAUGACUUCAAGGCGUGGAGCCGUUCGCUUCCCGAGUCCUUCUUCUUUCAGCUGUUCGACACGCCAUACAAGGCCAGUCCGUUCGAGAAAACGUUUGGUCUCCUCACACCUGAUUCGACGGCCAAAUUCAACCUCAGUACUUGA